AUGGCGGGCCUACCCAACGGCACCAACCGACUCGAUCUCUCUCGUCCCGCCGUACAAUCACAAGCCAGCAACUCAGUCCCCUCGACGCCCUUUCAGAAACCGCGCGAUCUCAGCCGGAGAUUCUCCCGCUCACCAUCGCCUAAUCGCGGCCUCAGUAACCAGUCGCCGCAUUCCGUCGCUUCGGAGGCAAUAGGUGGGAAUGGCCGUGCUCACAGAGGCGCACCCGUCGUGUGCAAGUUCGAGAGCGGCGAGGAGUUUAGGAAACGCCGGAUGCCGUAUGUCGACGGUGGCGACCAGGAGCUGAGCCCACCGAAGAAGGAGCCAAAGAAGACGCUGAAUCCAGAUGAGCGGGACAAGCUGAGUGGGGACAUGCGCGAGCUUUAUGACCGGUUACUGCCAUCGCAAGAGAGUGAAGAGCGAAGGACCAAGCUGGUGCCCAAGCUGGAUCGAAUACUGAACGACGAAUGGCCCGGGAACGACAUUCGCGUGAACGUCUUCGGGUCAUCAGGGAACAUGCUGAGCUCGACAGACUCAGAUGUGGACAUCUGCAUCACGACGACACUGAAGAAGCUGGAUCCAAUGCACUCAUUAGCUGCACUUUUGCACAAACAUGGCAUGGAGAAGAUUGUCUGUCGUGCUGCCGCGAAGGUACCCAUUGUGAAAGCUUGGGAUCCAGAGUUGCAGCUCGCGAUUGACAUUAAUGUGAAUAACCCACUCGCACUACAGAACACCCGCAUGAUCAGGACAUAUGUACAGCUCGACGACAGAGUGCGCCCCUUGGCAAAGAUCAUCAAGUAUUGGACUAAGCGUCGAAUACUGAAUGAUGCUGCAUACGGUGGCACGAUAAGCUCAUACACUUGGAUUUGCAUGAUCAUCAACUUCUUGCAAAGACGCAAACCGCCCAUAUUACCUUCGCUACAGAAAAUCGUUGAUCGACGGCGAAAGAACGAAUCUGGCGAAGAGUCUACGUUUGCCGACGAUAUCGAUGCCCUAAAAGGAUUUGGUGACGCCAACAAGGAGUCUUUGGGAGAGCUGCUCUUUCAGUUCUUCCGACAUUAUGGCUACGAGUUCAGCUACUCUACGCAUGUCAUCUCCGUGCGUGAAGGACGACUGGUAGAAAGGAAGGAAAAAGGAUGGGCUGCCAGCGACUUUCACAACAAGGAGUCUCGAGCUAGUAUCUGUGUGGAAGAACCUUUCACUGUUGAUAGGAACCUGGGCAAUUCUGCGGAUAUCUAUGCGUGGCACGGCAUUCAUACCGAGAUCCGACGAGCAUUCGAACUGCUGGAAGAUGGCCUCCAGCUGGAAAAAUGCUGCGAGCAAUAUGUGUUUCCCAAAGAGGAGAAACCUAUAUUUCAGAAGCCACCACCCAAGCCGAAACCGACCUUGACCAGGAGUGCGUCACAAUCUGGACAGAACAACCGCGAGCCUGGGACAGGAAGAUCGAGGAAAGCGAAUCGAAAUCAGUCAUCACAGAGAGCCGGUGGGCGAAGAGCGUCUAGCGGAGCCUCUUUCAGCAACCAGCGCAUCGGACUGCCGUUCAGUCCACCAAUGGGCGCCGCUCAUGGCGACUACUUCCAAGCCAGAGGAACUUUGCACGAACAGCUGGCACAGCAAUACCAGAUACUCCAGGCACAAGAGAAAGCUCUCAUGCAACAGCUUGCGCAACAGCAGCAUACGCAGACUCAGGGGAGAAAGGGAGAUCCGGCCGGCUCCGGCUCUCCUCGACCCAGGCCCCAUAUGAAUGGACUUCCGAGUCCUCGAAUAAUGGACCACCCGCCCCAGACAGCACCUUUACUGCCUGGUUACCCAUAUCACUACCCAGCGCGAUAUCCGCCUCCUUCCCCCAUGUCCCAAGCACGAUCGCGGGAAGGCACAAAUACAAACCCUCCUUCACCGGCGCUCUCAGCAGCCAUGCCAGCGCUGCGUCGCCAAGUGCAUCGAGCAUCCCUUCCUGAUGCAUCAGCGAGCUCGAUAAGGUCACAGUCGCAGCCAGGCCGCCCAAUGCAGCAUCCUCUCGCCCUGCAGCAGCAGAUUCAUCCAGGCUACGACGUUACUGGCGCUCUUGGUGCACAUUACCAAAGCAUAAGAUCAGCUUCCCAAAUGUAUCAGCCAGGACAGCCGGGGUUGCCGAUGCCAUUUGCACCAUACUCCGCUGGACCUUACCCAGGAGUGCCCUCUAUGGAGCAUGUUGGCCCGAAGGAAUAUGUUGGGUACUAUGUCUCACCACAGCUCGGGCCUCAGUACGCCGGUGCGGGCCAGAUGCAGCCGCCGCAAAUGACGCUGCAAAAUCCGCCGACGAGGCAAAGAAGGGUUACGCCCGAUCUCAUGCCGCCGCUUGUCAACGAUCGGCACAGCUCACGCUCACCAUCACCACUUGGACAGGCUAGAAGUUACGCAGUCCCGGGCGAUCGGAGAUCCAGUCAACCUCUGGCUAUGAGCAUACAGAGCCCAGGCUCGAUGACUCACUCAAUACCGACGCUGCCACCUAUACCGGCGCUACCUGCGCCCGUCCUGCCUAUAGCACCGGCACAUGUGGACACUGGAGGACCGCUUAUUGUGAAUGGCUCAACCAGCUCUCAUCUGCCACAACAGAUUCCCAGGGCCAAUGGAAGCUCAGAAGUGGAUCAUCGUGCAUACCAUGACCCGGCUCCGAUCAUUCAGCAAGAAGAAGCGUAUGUGCCGCGGCCACUUCCUCUGCGGACGAACCUCGAUCGGUCUGCACCUGAACAAAUGUUGUCCAUGGAAAGGAGAACAACAUCUCCGUUGCAGUCACCAACGUGCGGCACAAAGCCAGAUCGAGGCCUGAUGUUGUCGCCCAAUGGCUUGACGCCGCAUGUGAACGGCGUCAACGGCCAUUUACAUGAAAGCACAUCACUCAGUGCCGCUCCACUCCUGUCGCCGGUUGCUGAGCUUCGAACACCGUCGCCAACCCGCUCGCGUGGCUUCGAUACAUACGAAUCACCUGAGGCCAAUGGCGGGCUUUUCAAAGCGGCCAAGAUUGCCAACGCGAAGCAAGUCGCUAAAGAAGUCGUCAACGAGAACCAAGCGCCUCACGAGCCUUUCAAGCAUGAAAGACAGGGUAGCGCAUCGAUUAUGGCCGAGAGCAGACCUUCUGCGGCCACUAAAGAGUCGGAGCCAAAAAGCGCACUCCAGACUGUUACGAAUCAAAGUUCUUGGCAGCAGGUACCCAAAAAGACCCACAGAAAGAGCAAAUCUAUGGCUGGAUCGAAGUCUGCUAACGGCUUUGGCGGCCAGCCUUUGCCCGCGAAUGAGUCUGAACGAAAAGGAGGCUAA